AUGACCGCUGAUCACCUCACUCCCGACCUGUUCCCCACUGCUCCCUCCUGCUACUUCAGCAUCGUGCCCGCCGUCCACUUCUCCCAGGAAACUCCCUCGCACAGCCCUGUCUCCGACUACCAGCCCUACACACCCUCAGACCCGACCAACCCGCUGCUGGCCUUCCGCUCGGCACCACCUCUCUACAUGACGAGCCCCUCGGAUGCCUCGCGUCUGCUUCAGCUGCAAACACAGGCUGCCCACCGCCCGGCCCCUGAGCCCAUCCAGCAACAGCGCACCUCAAGCACAUCCUCCAGCAGCUCCAACAGCUCCACGUCAAGCAUGGGCAUGGGUUCGCCGUCAACACUUUCCUGCUGCCGCUGCCGCCGCGAGUGCCUGGCGAACAUGUACCAGAUCGGCACCAACCGCUACUACUGCAGCCACUGCGCACGGAUGACUGGCUACAGCGCGGGCUGA